AGUCUAAAUCUGACAAUAUUACAUACAAAUGAUGUACAUGCUCGUUUCGAACAAACAAAUAAAUAUAGUUCAGCGUGUUCAGAACAAAAUCAGCUAGCAGAAAAAUGUUACGGGGGUUACGCCAGAUUAAUAGGAAAAGUAAAAGAUAUAAAAAUGAAAUAUCCUAAUAGUAUAGUAUUAGAUGGUGGUGACCAGUUCCAAGGUACAACAUGGUUUUAUAAAUAUGGUGGAAAUGUUACAGCUUACUUUAUGAAUCUCUUAGGUUAUGAUGCAAUGGCAAUUGGUAAUCACGAAUUCGAUAACAAAGUAAGUGGAUUGAUACCUUUUCUUGAAAAAACAAACUUCAAUGUUCUCAGCAGCAAUAUUGACGCGUCUAAAGAAUCAAUGAUAGAAGGAAAAUUUAAGAAGAGUACCAUACUAGACGUUGGUGGGGAAAAAGUGGCGGUAAUAGGUUAUACCACUGUUGAUACACCCUCUAUAUCCAGUACAGCCGCCCAGCAGUAUCUUAACAAAAAAAGGUCAUAUAACUUUAACUCGCUCAUCCAACUUCAUGAAACUGUGACCAGCUUUGAUUAUCAUGGUUACAAUAAAGACCACGACGUGAACAUAUUGUCAGAACCUGAAAAUCAUAUUUUUCUUUAUGAGCUACUCCCAUUUGUCGACCUUGGUAGCGAUCGUUUUACAACAUCCAACAGACAAUGUUGUUUACUGGGGCGGUUUGCAAAAAAAGUAAAAGGCAUUAAAGUUGCUAGAGUCGUUGGAAGGUGGUACAAACCAAUUUUAGAUGAUGCCAUGAUUUGGACACAUGCUACAGUUUUAAACGAACUAAAACCCUGGAGAGAGGAGGUUGAUGGUUUUAAGAAAACUGAAAUUGGUGAAACUCGAGUUUUUUUGGAAGGCGAUUCCCUGGUUUGUCGAAGAGCUGAAUGUAAUCUGGGCAAUGCUAUAGUUGAUGGCAUGUUGAGAUAUAAUUUGAAUAAUAAAGUAGCAAACAAAUGGAAUAAUGUAUCUAUAGUAUUAUUGAAUAGUGGUGGAAUAAGAGCACCAAUUGAUCAAGGUAGACUAUGUAUCAUCACAGUUGAAGAUGUUUUAACAACUUUACCAUUUAGAAACACUAUCAGUUUAAUAGAUUUAAAAGGCGACGUUCUUGUGGAAGUAUUAGAACAUUCUGUUGGUUCUCUAAGUCCAGAUAAAAGUGAUGAUUUGAAAGGACGGUUUCUGCAGUUCUCGGGAUUAAGAGUAAAAUAUAACCUAUAUAAAUCUGCUGGUAACAGGGUUGUUGAUGUCAAAGUGUUGUGUACAGAAUGUAGAAUACCGACGUUUGAAGAAUUGGAUUUAAAUAAAUACUACAGAGUGAUACUUGGCGACUACAUAGCUGGUGGGGGAGAUGGUUAUGAAAUGAUCAAAAACAAAGGGAUCAAUUACUUGGAUAAAGGUGACGUUGACAACGCUGUGUUUAAUGACUACCUCAAGAAAUAUUCGCCCAUUAUUCAAGGUUUGGAUGGUAGAAUAGAAUUU